AUGUCUUCGUCUCGAACCAUCAUCUGCCUACUCAGAAAUGACUUACGUCUUCACGACAACGAGGUGUUCUACUGGGCCCAGAGAAACGCGGACCACAUAGUGCCGCUCUACUGUUUUGACCCGCGUCAUUAUGUGGGAACGCACUGCUUCAACUUCCCCAGGACAGGCCCCUUUCGCCUGCGAUUCCUCCUGGAAAGUGUGAAGGAUUUGAGGGCCACACUGAAAAAAAGAGGCAGCACUCUUGUGGUACGACAUGGAAAACCAGAGGAGAUUGUGAGCGAUCUCAUUAAACAGCUGGGCACAGUGAGUGCUGUGACGUUCCAUGAGGAGGUGACCUCAGAGGAGGAGAGAAUAGAGAAAAAAGUGAAGGAUGUUUGUACCCAGAGCAAGAUCAGAGUUCAGACUUUCUGGGGGUCAACGCUGUACCACAGAGAUGAUCUUCCUUUCAAUCAUAUUGGCGGUCUCCCUGACGUAUACACUCAGUUCAGAAAAGCUGUGGAAGCCCAGGGAAGAGUGAGGCCUGUCAUACCCACCCCAGAGCAGGUGAAGCCUGUACCCCCUGGCCUGGAGGAAGGAGCCAUCCCCACGUAUGAGAACCUAGGGCAAAUAGAGCCUCUGACUGACCCCCGUUCAGCGUUCCCCUGUCAGGGAGGAGAGAGUGAGGCUCUUGCCAGACUGAAACACUACUUCUGGGACACUGAUGCUGUAGCUACGUACAAGGAAACGCGCAAUGGCUUGGUUGGGGUGGACUACUCGACAAAAUUCUCCCCCUGGCUUGCAUUGGGCUGCGUAUCUCCCAGAUACAUUUAUGAUCAGAUUAAGAAAUAUGAGGCUCAGAGAACUGCCAAUCAAAGCACAUACUGGGUAAUAUUUGAGCUGCUUUGGAGAGACUACUUCAAGUUUGUGGCUGCUAAGUAUGGAGACAGGCUGUUUCAUUUGGAUGGUCUUCAAGAGAAACACGUACCUUGGAAAACAGACAUGAAACUCUUCAAUGCAUGGAAAGAGGGCAGAACAGGGGUACCAUUUGUAGAUGCCAACAUGAGGGAACUUGCACUGACAGGCUUCAUGUCCAACAGAGGGCGCCAGAACGUAGCCAGCUUUCUCACCAAGGACUUGGGUCUGGACUGGAGAAUGGGAGCUGAGUGGUUUGAGUACUUACUGGUGGACCAUGACGUGUGCAGUAACUAUGGCAACUGGCUGUACAGCGCUGGAAUAGGAAAUGACCCUCGAGAAAACAGGAAGUUCAAUAUGGUUAAACAAGGACUAGACUACGACAACAAUGGUGACUAUGUGAGGCAGUGGGUUCCAGAACUUCAGGGUAUUAAGGGUGGAGAUGUGCACACUCCAUGGGCACUCAGCAGUUCCGCCCUGUCACACGCCCAAGUGUCACUCAACGAGACUUACCCAUCGCCCGUCGUCAUGGCACCCGAGUGGAGUCGUCAUGUUAACAAGAAACCGUCAGGUGCUGUGGCCAGUGGAAGAGGAAGAAAGGGACCUUCUCACACGCCAAGGCAGCAUAAAGACAGAGGCAUCGACUUUUACUUCUCCAAAAACAAAAACUUUUGAGAUCGGGGCGGGAGCAGUAGGUUGCUCUGUUCAGAGUCCUUAUCUGCGAGAACAAGUGGGACGUCCAUAGCAUGCUUAAAGAAACAAAGCUCUGACGCUGUGGACAGUGCUUGUUUUGGUUAGAGAGUGAUUGGGGGAAGUCACAGGUCUGAAUGACUCCUUUGUAUUCUGAAGCUG